AUGAAGAGGAGCAAGAGGAGAAAGGAUGACGGGCAUGACCACAACGGGCACCUCGUGACGGACGAGGACGAGGCGGACGACCACGGCGCUGCCUAUUUGGAGCGGCUGGCGCGCAUAGCGGACAACGUCAACGCGUUUGCCAGGGCCCAUGAGCCCGACGUGAUCUUGAUUCAGGAGAACGCCAAUGUGUGGCGGAACGAGUUUGGACACGAAGCCUUGCCACAAAUGCUCAGAUCACUGCAAGAGCAGGACUACGCCAUUCUACAGGAGGGAGAGUUUGUUACUGUCGUGCGGGAUCGCAGCAGGGAAGCAUUUCCCAUAGCUCUUCCACCUCUUUCGCGAAUGAAGAGCAAAGUUCACGCUGUACGGGUUCCGGCGCUGAAUGCCGUGAUCCUAAACGUGCACCUCACCUUCGAUGGCUAUGGCACAAAGGAGUCGAAGCAAACCAGGAAGGACUUGGAAGCCAUUGUUGCGUUCUGCAAGGAGCAGUACGGUGGCACGUCGAUCAUCCUGGCUGGCGAUACAAACCGAGUACCUCAGGAGGAUCGGCUGGACGGAGCUGCGGAGGUCAUCGAGCAGCUCAUUGAUGGCCUUGGCCUCCUCUACAUGCCGCCGGGUCCGACGAACGUGCGGUACAAUUGCGACAAGGACACCGCCGAGUACACAUAUGCGGAUUUUGUCGCUGACCUCACCGUUCGCAGCUGA